GUACGUUCUGAACCAGUCGUUCGAUUGAAAUACAGUGAUAAUGAACGUGAUUUUAAAAUUGUUUCUUGGCUUGAACGUCAUAUCGGUAUUGGUGUGGACAAAGUACAGUGUCAAUGGAACCGUUGCUCGGUAUGACGGCUAUCGUUUAUACAAAAUUACUCCAAGGACUGACCAACAUUUGAAAUUGCUGAACGACAUCGAAUCGACCAGUGACAGUUUUAAUUUCAUAUCGGGACCAAGCAAAGAAGACACCGUCGUGAGCGUGAUCGUUGCUCCUCACAAGUUUGCCGAUUUCGAUUUAAUGAUGAGUAUGGAAGGCAUGACCUAUGAAAUAUCCGAAAACAAUGUUCAAAGUUUGAUCGAUGAAGAGUCGCUAAUACAGUCCAGAAUAUCGGAAAACUUUGGUUGGAAAAGGUACUAUCCUUUGGAUAACAUUUACAAAUGGAUCGAUGGUAUACUGGAAGAAUAUCCAGAAGUUACGUCUCCGAUUUAUGCUGGGAAAACGUACGAAGAAAGAGAUAUUCGAGGCGUUAAAAUAUCGUACAAAAAUGGCAAUCCUGGAGUAUUCAUCGAAGGUGGUAUACAUGCACGGGAGUGGAUCUCCCCGUCAGUAACAACGUACCUCUUAAACACCCUACUCUCCACCAAAAACGAGUCCAUCCGUAGAAUUGCCGAGAAUUUCGAUUGGUACAUUGUGCCAAGUGUUAAUCCAGAUGGCUACGUUCAUACCCACACUUCAAACCGAUUGUGGCGCAAGACACGGAAACCAUAUGGUUCGGGCUGCUUUGGUGUUGACCCAAACCGCAAUUUUGAUUUUCAAUUUGGCAAAAUCGGUGUCAGCAAAAAUCCAUGUUCGGACAUUUACUCGGGACCGAAGGCAUUUUCCGAGGUUGAAAUGAAAUCGUAUUCAGACUACUUGGCAUCGUUGCAAGGCAAAAUUCACACAUUCCUCGGAUUCCAUGCUUACUCACAAUUGUUACUGUUCCCAUAUGGACACACCAAUAAAAAGGCGGAAAAUUACGAUGAUUUGUUGGACAUUGGCAAUAAGGCGAUCAGUGCACUUGCGAGGCGAUUUAACACAACUUACAUAGUGGGAGACGUAUACAACACAAUUUAUCCAGCCAGCGGUUGUAGUAUGGAUUGGGUUUAUGAAAUUUUGAAAGUACGACUGUCGUAUACGUACGAACUCAGGCCGAAUGCGAGGUCAUCUUUCGGAUUUGAAUUACCCGCAGACAAAAUAAUACCAACUGCACUGGAGACGAUUGAUUCGAUUCUUGCUAUACUUAACCGUGCCAAAGAAUUGGGCUAUUACGAAAGUGGUAAAAAAAAAUAAUUUGGAAAUUAAGGUAAGGUAAGAUAGGGUAAUCUGGAAGAAACAUCGUAACAAGAAUUAGUGUUAGAAAUUGAAACCAUCAAAUACAAUUCUUAUUUUUAAAAAUAAAAUACGCAGAAAACGCAACUAAUUGAA